AUGCGUCGCUUCGCGCGCUGCACGUCCAGGGUGCAAAGCUGGCACAGCAAAGCCGCGCGGGGCGAGGGCAAGUUGGUCCUCGAACUUCAAGACGGCCAAUGCAUUGAGACCGUCAUCAUCGAGCAUGGUGGUCCGAAGCCUCGAGCAACCGUUUGUGUCUCCAGCCAGAUCGGCUGCAAAAUGGGCUGCCGCUUCUGUGCCACAGGCACCAUGGGUCUGCGAGCACAGCUGCAUGCUGGCGAGAUUUUGGAGCAGUUACUUCAUGCCAAGCAGUACGCAAGUCCUACUGCGCCCAUCCGAAACGUUGUGUUCAUGGGCAUGGGUGAGCCGCUCGACAACUACCCCGCUGUUCUGGGGGCGCUGAAGGCGUUAACCAUCGGCAGCCGUGCAUUUGGUCUUGCCUUGAAGAAUGUGACGGUGUCAACUGUUGGAGUUCCUGGGAAAAUCCGCCAGCUGGCCGCUGACUGCCCGGCCGCCAACCUGGCGCUCUCACUGCAUGCGCCGAUGCAGGACCUUCGGAGCACAAUCGUACCGAGUGCAACCAGCAACAAGCUCGAUGCACUUCUGCGCGAGGUGGAUGAAUAUGGUGCCUUGACGGGCAACAAGGUCAUGAUGGAGUACAUCCUGAUCGAGGGUGUGAACACGUCUGCAGAAACGGCGCAUGCUUUGGGCUCUUUGCUGGCCCGCCAGCGAGCACUCGUCAUGCUCAACCUGAUCCCCUACAAUCCAACGGCGAGUGGUGAUGGGAAUGGGUACCAAGCUCCGACAGACGCGGCCUGCAAGGUGUUCCGCAAUAUUGUUGCGGAGUACCGUCGAUGCUGCGAUGCUCCAGGAAGUGCCAGUAUCGCAGAUGCACAGGCGGGCGCCCCGCUGCUGUGCACCAUUCGCUGGAGCACUGUACCUGGCCAGGCGCAGCUGGCAGCCUGCGGACAGCUGGCUCUGGAGUCGGCAAAGCCCGCCACACCCGUGCAGCUGCAUGACAUCGAGGACAUGCCGCUCGCGAGCAUUGCGAGGAAAGUGGUGAAGCAAGCGCCACUGCCUCCACUCGUCGACGGCCUUCUGUGGCUGCUAGCUGCAGUUACUGGCACAGGCGCCAUCUGCUGGAUCUUCGUCCGCAGCCACAAAAA